AUGGCCGAUUUGAAAGUUGAUCUCACUGCUCCCAACGGCCGAAAAAUUACUUUGCCAACAGGUCUUUUCAUCAACAACGAAUUUGUGAAAGCUACCAGUGGACAGAAGAUCACCAGCAUCAAUCCUACAGAUGAAUCAGAAAUCUGCUCCGUCGAAGCUGCAUCUGCCGAUGAUAUCGACAAAGCUGUCAAAGCGGCUCGAGCUGCCUUCAAUGAUCCUGCCUGGCGCGAGAUGCCUGCUACCGAACGAGGUAUCCUCAUGUACAAGUUUGCCGACCUGAUUGAAGAAAAUAAGGAAGCGCUGGCGACGUUGGAGACGUGGGACAAUGGAAAACCAUAUAGUGUUGCCCUGAACGAAGAUUUGGGCGAAGUCAUCAACACCAUUCGAUACUAUGCAGGUUGGGCCGAUAAGAUCCACGGCGAGACAAUCCCGACCACGGGUCAAAAAUUCGCAUACACCAUCAAACAACCCGUCGGCGUCUGCGGUCAGAUUAUCCCCUGGAAUUAUCCUCUGGGCAUGGCAUCCUGGAAACUUGGCCCCGCACUCGCUUGCGGAAACACGAUCGUUCUCAAACCCGCCGAGCAAACUCCCCUCUCCAUCUUGUAUCUGGCCACUCUGAUCCCCGGCCUCUUUCCUCCCGGUGUGAUCAACAUUGUCAACGGAUAUGGCAGAGAAGCCGGCCACGCCCUCGCGUCACACUUGGACGUGGACAAGAUUGCCUUCACGGGCAGCACCGCCACCGGCAAACAAAUCAUGAGAACCGCGAGCAUCAACAUGAAGAACAUCACCUUGGAAACCGGAGGCAAAUCCCCGCUCUUGGUCUUUGACGACGCCGAUCUUGACCAGGCCGCGAAAUGGGCACAUAUCGGAAUCAUGUCGAACAUGGGCCAGAUCUGCACGGCGACCUCCCGCGUGUUGGUGCAAGAAGGCAUCUACGACCAAUUCGUCAAAGCUUUCCAGGAAGUUGUCAAAUCGACGUCCAAAGUCGGUGAUCCAUUCGCCGACGACACCUUCCAGGGCCCUCAAGUCACCAAGGCCCAAUACGAGCGUGUCCUGGGAUAUAUCGAGGCCGGCAAAUCUGAAGGCGCCAAUUUGGUCGCCGGCGGCGUCCCGCACAAGAAUGUCGGCGACGGCAAAGGCUUCUUCAUUGAACCUACCAUCUUCACCGGCGUGAAAGAUCAGAUGAAGAUCUACCGCGAGGAGAUUUUCGGCCCUUUCGUCGUCAUCGUUUCUUUCCAGACGGAAGAGGAAGCUCUCCGCAUGGCCAACGAUACCACGUAUGGUUUGGGAAGUGCCGUGUUUACUACGAACAUUGAGAGGGCGCAUCGGGUUGCGGCGAAGAUUGAGGCAGGCAUGGUUUGGAUCAACAGUUCGAAUGAUUCGGACUUUAGGGUCGCCUUUGGCGGCGUCAAGCAGAGUGGCAUUGGUAGGGAGUGUGGUGAGGCGGGCCUGGCGGCGUAUACUCAGACGAAAGCUGUGCAUGUGAAUAUGGGGUUGAAAUUGUGA